GAGCAAAUUUAAGACCCAACCCAGAGCGCGGAGUUUCAGUGUUAUUGGAAUCUGCUCGUUUGAGAUUUGUUUAAGCCACCCACCAUGGAUGUGAAAGCUUUAGCGGUUCUGGCUCUGCUGCUGCUGACAACGUGCAUCGACUUAUCCCAAGAAAAACCCUUCAGUUUAGCUGAGAAAUGCUGGUGCAGAAGCACAGAGAAAAACGUGAAGAAGCACAUCAUCAGACAGCUGAAGUUUAUGAAUGUACCUAACUGCCCACUGCAGGUUAUUGCUACCCUGAGAAACUCCAAACAAGUGUGCCUUGACCUUGAAAUUAAGUGGCUGCAACAAUACCUGCAAAAUGCACUUAACAAAAUUAAAAAAGGAAGAACAGAUUGAACAAUUGCUGGAUUACAGCAACAUUAGGAGAUUUUCUGGCAGCAUCUUCUGAUGUAAUCUCAUCUGGACUGCUUUUUACACUUAACUGCCUUAUCUGCACCUUGAAAUGGUUUCCUGGCAUUUACAAUGGCACUGCUAUAACUGGUGCAAAAAUGCAAUUAUAAAUACAUAUAUUUGUAUGUAGAAGAAUUUAUUUUUAAAUGUAUAAAUCAGAUCAGUGAUCUGUACCACAUUUAGUUGCUCAGUAUUGAAUGAAGGGGACCUUUUAAUGCAACUUAAGCCAUGUGCUCCUGUGGAAAAAUAAAACCGCAACAAUGUGAAAUAAUGAAAUGAUAAGAGAGGGACCUGAAACUUCUAGAGUGAGAACAAAAAUGUAACUUCAAGAUUUUGGCUAGAAACCAUGUGCUCCAUUACACCUGAAAGGACACAACUCUUGUAAUUGGACUCCUUAAAAGCAGUUCUAUCAUUUCAUUCCCCCCCCCAGAUACUGAAGUCUGUAGCAUGUUGCCCCCCUUUAGAAAGAAGAAGGAAAAAAAGCACAACUGUUUGUUUUUUUAUGUUACAAUGCACAAUUUACUCCUGAUCAUAUCUGUCUAUGAAGUUCCUGACUGUUUUUAAGCUGGUCCACUCCGAGGACUCUCUUUGAUACGCUUAACUUGACGUGAUUUUGUUUUUCACUUUGCUAACACAAAUACAUCAGUCUGUGGUUUUGGCUAUUUAGGGAUGGAAUGCAGAUAAGUUGGUCACAGCUUUUGCUCAUGCACCACACCUCAGUGUGAAUCUGCUUAGCUGUUAAACUUUUACCAUGUAGCAGUCAUGAAUUAUUCAUUUCAGGGAAAAAGAACAAAUGGCCAUAUUUACAAGCAGAUACUGGUGGUUUUUCUUUUCUUCUUCUUUUUUUUUUUUGUUUGAAGCGCUUUUUAAAUUUUUUUUAUUUUUCUAAGUUCUAAUAACUGAUUUAUAGAAGGUGGAAAAUAACUUUUUAGUAUAAUUAUACUGAAUGUAUUUUGUAUGAGAUCUAUAACUUCAUAAAGUGAAGGUAAUCCCAGAAUGUGGACAAUUUAAAUUCUACUUUUGUGAAAUCUUCUUUAUCCUCAUUGUAGUCACUAAUUUGUAUAAUUACUUCAAGACAAAACCCUGCAACAUAUGCUUAAUCAAGUCUGAAGUGCUCACAUACAGAAAUCUAGUCUAAGUCCUGGAAAAAAAAAUAAAGCUCAAUAAGUAAGUCAAGGCUUUGAAAAUGAGAGUUAAAAACAAUGUUUGAAUAGUUAGACAGAAGAAGUGUUUUGAAGAAGGCCAACUGUUAUAACAUAGUUAUAAUGUGUUUGUACCUUUUGUUUUGCAUUCUAUAUUUGCUAAAAAUAUAACUACAUUUGCAACCUGAAAUUAUUAAAACACAUUUAGUACAUUUUGUAACCCCAUAUUUGUAGAUUUUUCUUUUUUUUGUGGUUAUUUUGGCAAGUUCUGGUUGUUUAGGAGGAAGUGUUGGUUGAAAGCUGAAAGAAUUCAAAUAUCUUUUGCAUAUAGUGUGUAAUAUGCAUAUAGUUGAUGUAUGAGAAUGGACUGUUUGUUUGGCUGUUGUACAUGUUCUAAUACUGCAUAUGAGAACGGUAAUUGGACAAGAUACAGAUUGUUGUAGCUGGCACUGGGUGAGAUAUUUUAGGCAACUGGCAUUCAUUUUUUUUCAGCUUGGUUGGAGUGUUUGUUUCUGCCUUCUUACAGUUUCACAGAUCAGCUUUGGUUCCCCCUUCUGUCCAAGUUUCUUUCUGUUUCAGGCUUUCCUCAGGGUCUUGGGUUUCCCCUUGUAUCCCAAAUUUGUGCAGAUUUAGCCAAUUGGCAUGUGGGAGUGCUGCUUGCAAUAAACUAGUAAGCUGUCCAUGCACUCGUGCCACAUGACGGUGGAAGAUGUCCUGGCUCUCCGUGACUUGGUCUUUGUCCAAACAGGUUAAGAAACUGCAUAGAUAGUUAUAUAUAUUAUCUUGUAUGUUGUUAUUUUACCCUCUGCUUUUCUUUUUAAUAGAUGCAGUACAAAUCAUAAUUGAUAUUUUGCAUGUCCCAACAAGAGAGAGGCUUUUGCUUUUUGAGAAAUUUAUGCUUAAAUGGAAUUUGAAACACAUGGGUAACAAUGUCUGCUGGAUGACAGCCAUUAGUUACAACACGUAGGAUGCAGCAUAUAGACACUGUUUAGACAACCAUUUUAGCGUAAAUCCCAUACUUUAAUAUGAAUUGCAGCCCUGAUGAGCUUCUCCUUUUUAUCUGACUCAUUGCACAAUGUCCCACACACUAGCGCAGUCCAGAUUUGCCUCUAGGCAUUCGUGUCAUCACUGGCUUUGGACAGAUAUUUAGAGGGAAUUAACCCUGUACAUGAGAAAGUUUGUGCAAAGAACACAGCUUCUUGGAAAAUGCAAUAAUUUAAAAAAAAUCUGUAUAUACAUAUUGCAUAUCCAAAUUUAUUAGGCAUAGUGUGUGUUAAAUUCUUUGAAUGCUUAACAGUACAAUUAAAUGUACGGUUUAAACAGGUUGUGGGAAGCUUUUGCCUAGCGUGGCAGCAGCAGGCGCAUGUCCGGGACCAAACCUGAAUAGGACGUGAUAUUCUUUGCACUUUCCUUUUUUUUUCCAAACUGACCUUUUUUCGUCAUUGAAACUUACCUGAGUGAGAGAAAAUAUUAUUGUUUACAGGACAAAUAUUGAGUUAAUAUUAAUUCCUAAUAGUAGUGAAAAACCAACUGAUUUUUGCUUUUUCUUUUUACCAGUUAAUUCACGGUAGGCUGACAUGAGGAUGUAUGUGACACUCCUUUGUGCCUAUUGCUGCUGGUGUUGGUUGCAUCUUAAUUUGAUCCGCUACUGGAAAAAAUGGGUUGAUAAAGUGGAUGAAUAAUUCAUUGUACUCUUAGGAAAGAAAGGAAAAGUGAAUGAUAAGUAGUUUCAUGCAAGGUUACACUUAAAGACUAUUUUAAUGCCAAAAUAUAUAUUUUAAGUUCCAAGUUUUUAAUCCAAGUAGGCUUUAAGAAUUUUUUAGUAAUGCUAAACUGAGAAUACAAACAUGAUUAAUUAUACCAAGGACUGUUCUGUCAUACAGCAUCCUAACUGUGUUUUUUCAUUUAAUUAGGUCUGUCUUUUAAUUACCAACUUCAGAUUCUUUUAAGUUUAAGCAUUUCUUUUAUUCUCCCACAGAAUGUGAAACUCUUUCUAGGCAGCUUUUUAUAUAUAGCCUGCAAAUCUUAUGAUGUAUGCUACCAGUUUAUGCUUUUUAUUUUAAGCAUUUUUUUAUACAUCUAAAACACAAUGUCCAUAUUUUUUUGCAAUAAAAAUAUAUACAUAUAUAAA